AUGGAAGACAAAGAAACGUCUCCUUUCUCCUUCAGUUUUCGGAACUUCACCUCAGAUUCGGUCGCAAGUUCUUCCAAUGCACUUCCAAAUCUUGGCCCGUCAUUUGAUAGAGAAACAACCGAGUUUGGCAUGGGUAGAAAUCUACCUCAAAGUAACGUUGUCAACGGAAUAACGUUGAAUAAUGCCACAGAGAGUUCUCGUGAACCUCUACCUUUUAUUCCAAAUUAUUUAAGAAACACACCCAUCGACUUGAAUAAUAGAGCAUUAGGGAGAUCAAUAAUACCGUUGCCUUCAAAGUGGAACAGGUAUGAUGCAGGAAGGGAUCUAAGAGUUAGAGAGAACGAAUUGGCUGAUAAUGAUGAUGCAACAGCCAUUAGAACGGAUCAUCCCAUUCCCAUCGUAUCUGGAAUUUAUUAUUUUGAAAUUGAUAUUAUAUUCGGUGGAAAAACGCAGAAUUGGAAUUGGAACAAAGAGGUAUGGACUUACCUUAAUGCCAGACGUGUUAUUUUUCAAAAAAUGACAGGUUGGGAUAGAUAUUCAUUCGGAUAUCACGGCGAUGAUGGCCGCACAUUUCAUAAUGGUCACCGGUGGGAAACUGAUCCCUAUGGGCCUCUAUAUUCAACUGGUGAUACAAUUGGUUGUUGCGUGGACUUUUUCAAUAGAAGUAUUUUUUAUACCAAGAAUGGUAUCAAUCUUGGUGAAGUGAAUAUUCUACGAGGUGGGUAUCUUGGUAUCAAUCUUGGUGGAGUGAACUUUCUACAAGAAUCAUUCGAAUUUAUGAAGUACGACUUAUAUCCCGUGAUUGGCAUGAAAAAUGAACCGGUUUAUGUUGAGGCAAACUUUGGUACGAGACCGUUUAAAUUUGAUAUUGACUAUUACGCAAAGAAGCGGUUUAAAGAAGUGGGAAGAGAUCAGCUUAGCCACAUCGCAUCUGGCCUUUAUCCAGUCGAUGACUAUUUAAGUCUCCUAUGUCAAGAAUUUCGUCUCAAGAAUCUGGAAUUUUGA